CUACCAGGUAACUCUGUAGCUCCUCCUCCCAUGCUUCCCAUGUGCGCGAGUCGCGACUGUGGAGACGAAGGAAAUGUGAAUAUAGAGAGAGAAGGAAGAACCAAACCAGAGGACCCAGUUCGGUAGCUCUCCCUUCCUCCCUUCCUCGAAUAGUUGUUGCUCAGAGUUGGGUGUUUUCACUCUUCCUUCGGACAUCGAUGGGGGGAGAGAGAGGGAAACGGAGACCUGCUUCUCAUCACAGUUUACACUUCACAUCUAUCGUUGAGGACACACCUGUUAAGGACUCUUUAGUUUUAACCUUUUAAGGUUCAUGGUUUCUAUCCAUUUGGUUAGGAUUUCCACGUCUUUCUGAGUAUUGAGAUUCGGUGAAAGUGUUUAUAACAAUGGAGAAUAACCCUAAAUCAGUUGGUAGUGCUGAAAGGAUCCCCUGCGAUUUCUGCAGCGAAGAGAUCGCGGUCUUGUACUGUAGAGCUGAUUCUGCCAAGCUCUGUUUGUUUUGCGACAAGCAUGUCCACUCGGCUAACGCUCUGUCCCAUAAGCACCUGCGGUCUCAGAUCUGCGAUAACUGUUGUUCCGAGCUUGCUUCCGUGCGCUGCUCCACUGACAAUCUCGUGCUCUGCCAGGAGUGCGACUGGGACGCCCACGGCAACUGCUCUGUCUCCACUUCCCACGAGCGUAGUCCGCUGGAGGGAUUCUCUGGCUGCCCAUCACCCCUCGAACUUGCUUCCAUCUGGGGUUUGGACCUCAGCGACGAUAAGAAACCUCUGCGCCCCAAGACGCCGCCACCGGGUGAACAUAUGGUUGUGUUCUCAGAUUGGUCUUCUUUGGAUUCGAUUGUGUUCGUAGAUCCCUUGGCUUACAAUUCGGAAUCCGCUGCAGCUACUACUCUUCAGGAACUGGUGGUACCCAAUCACAAGUCUCAGAUGUACCCUGACGUUCCAAGCGCCUAUAUGCCCCCAGCCACGUCUAAGCAGCAGCAGAGUUGCGGCCACGGAAAGCGGAAGGUAGUGAUUCUUAGGCAGUUGGUAGAAUUGCUCAGGCGAGACCUUCCUGACGACUUGCGCCCAGGGACGCCUCGUAAGACUACUGCGCAACAGGGGAACGUGGAAGGUCUUGAUUUGCACACAGAGCCUGACUGGGUUAUGAAUGAGAACAUGUCGUUGCAUCACCAAGCACCAUACACUUCUAUGCUUUCAGAGAGUAUGAAUCUGAAAGAGAACGACGGUUUCAUUGAAGAUAAUAUUCUGGGGGAUAACCCUCCCGAACAGUCCUGUCAGAUUUGGGAUUUUAAUUUAGGAAGAUCAAGGGUUCAUGUGGCGUCUGGCCCAUUAGAUGUGGGAUAUGAUACAAGCAAUGCAGGUUUUGUGGUCAGUAGUUAUAAUGACCUUAUGAAGGAUUCUCGCUCGGAAACCAUGAAAGUUCUAAAAGACAUUUACCAGAUGAAUUGCUCUUCUACUGCACAUGAGGAGUUCCCAUCACAAAUUAACAACUCAAACAACCCUGCUGCAAGCCAGGGGGCAACAACAUCUGAAAGCAAUAAUAUAGCUACGCCCAUCCGUAGAGAUGAAACCACGCCAGCAGCAACAAUGGAGGUCGACAUGGAGUUGCUGGCAAAGAAUAGGGGCAAUGCCAUGUUACGGUACAAGGAGAAAAAGAAAACCCGAAGAUAUGAUAAGCACAUCCGCUAUCAGUCGAGGAAGGUGAGGGCUGAUACUCGGAAGCGAGUGAAUGGUCGAUUUGCCAAGGCUAGUGAAGCUUCAGAUGUUGAAAUCAACAGUCAGAAUGGGUUCUGAGGAUGAGCUACUCAUAUCCUGUGUAAAUACUGAUCCACAGUACUUUCUCUACCAUCAAUGUGUAUUACCAUGUAUUCUACUCCUCUGCUAAGGUUCUCUCGUAUUUGUUUGUCUGUCACUUGGGUGAUGGUAACCAUCACGAAUGAAGAUUUUGGAUGGCAAUGCCAACUUGUGCAAAUCAUGGAAUUGGAUUGUCCCUGACUGUAACAUGCGCAAUUUGAGCAUGGAUAUCUCCUUUGAAUUCACAGUGCAUUUCCAAUCA